CACAAUGAAUAUAACUUUAAUGUUCCCAUGUAAAUUGCCCAAAAAUUUGUGUUUCAAGCUGAACAUUGUAUGGAGGAAUGUUUCAAGGUAUGCAAAGUGCCAUUUUAAAACAUGUAACAGAAUGGUAAAGAGAAUGGGCUAAGAUGUGCAUCUUUAACCAUAUCACUGUGACCUGGAGUCCAGGCAGAACCCAGCCCUGUUUUUAUGCUAUUCUGCAAAAAAAUAUUUUGCUCCAGAUCAUAAUUUUUGGUGACAGCUCUUGCUUUUGUGUUUCAAAGACAGUUGCAACCAGUACUGAUAAACCAGGUCUGAGUGGACAUAUCCUAGGUCACAAUGACAGGGCCAAGGCUCAAGUAGUAUACUACAGCAUCAUAUUUUAUGCCUGUUCAGAUAUCUCAGUGUUGUUGAGUUCACUGUAGGAUUGCAUUUUGAAGGUCUUUUGAAGUCUGUGCAUUGUCAGUUUUUCAUUUCCAUGAGUUCUUAGGAAAGCAAAGGCUCAGCUUGAAUAUGGAAACAUUAUUAGAGCAGCAGAGGCUUUAUCAUGAGGAGCGGGAACGUCUGAUGGAGGAGAUGGUGAAGGAAUUCCUGUUCAAGAAAACUUCUCAUCGGGAGCACAUCAACUCUGAUCACCGAGUGAAAAUAAUGUUAGAUAGAUAUAUGGAAGUGACAGCCUUGUUGAAAGAACUCUAUGAGGACAAGGAUGGACAACGUAAAGAAGAGAUUGCUGCUUUAUCAGGUCCCAAUGAGUUUGCUGAGUUCUACGCAAGGUUGAAGGGAGUCAAGGAAUUUCACAAGAAGCAUCCUAAUGAGGCAUGUCUUCAUCCUUCAAUUUUUUUCCCAAUUAUCUGUGUCCCAAUGUCAGUGGAAUUUGAGGAGUAUUCCAAGCUGCGGGAGAACCCAACAGAGGAAUACCAAAAUAUGGUGGAAUUCACUGAUGAGGAGGGCUAUGGGAAAUUUUUAGACCUACAUGAAUGCUACCUCAAGUAUAUCAACCUCAAAGGAGUUGAUAAGGUGGACUAUCUGACAUACCUUGGCACGUUUGACCGUCUGUUUGACAUUCCACGAGACCGGAAGAACUUGGAGUAUCGGAGGUACCUUGAACUUCUGCUGGAGUACUUCUCUGAUUACACUUCAAGGGUCAAGCCACUACUGGAUCAGAAUGCUGAGAUGGACAAAGUUCAGAAGGAAUUUGAAAAGCAGUGGGCUGAUGGAACCUUUCCUGGCUGGCCAAAAGAGACAGGGGGUGCACUGGCUCACACAGGAGCUCAUUUGGAUCUCUCUGCAUUUGGAACCUGGGAAGAACUGGCUUCUCUUGGUCUAGAUCGACUUAAGUCAGCCCUCAUGGCACUUGGCCUCAAGUGUGGCGGGACCUUGGAGGAGCGUGCCCAGAGACUCUUCAGCACCAAAGGGAAGAAGCUGAGUGAAUUGGAUCCUUCUCUUUUUGCUAAGACCAAAAUGGCAAAAGUUGGGAAGAUCAAGGAUUCAGAGCGGAAUAGGGAUAUUUCUUUCUUAGAAGCGCAGGUCUACAGAUUUGCUGAGUUGCUGUCAGAACAGAGGGAAUCGACAAAAGAGAAUGUGACGCGAAAGCAGGCUCGAGCAGAAGGUGAGGGGGAAGAUGAGGGAGAGAGUAGUGCUUCAGAACCAGAUGAUGAUGAACCAGAUGAUGACAUUCCAUACAAUCCCAAGAACCUUCCUCUUGGUUGGGAUGGCAAGCCUAUUCCAUAUUGGCUCUACAAACUUCAUGGUCUCAACAUCAGCUAUACAUGUGAGAUUUGUGGAAAUUAUGUGUACAAGGGUCCCAAGGCCUUUCAGCGACACUUUGCUGAAUGGAGACAUGCUCAUGGCAUGAGGUGCUUGGGGAUCCCCAACACAGCACAUUUUGCCAAUGUCACGCAGAUUGAGGAUGCCAUUGCUUUGUGGGAGAAGUUGAAGAUGAAUAAGGCAGAGGAGCGAUGGAAGCCAGAAGUGGAGGAGGAAUAUGAAGACUCACAUGGGAAUGUGGUGAACAAGAAGACUUAUGAAGAUCUCAAGAGACAAGGACUUCUGUGAUUCUGUUUAAAAACAGUCAUUUAUUCCCUCAUGAUUUCAACCCAAUAAAGGAAAACAAAAUACUGAAAGAA